AUGCACGUGAUCGAGGGGGCUAACCAUUUCCAGCUCUACAGCUACCUACCCGAGGCCCUGACGAAAUGGGUCGUGGCCAGCUACAAGGUGGCAAGCCUUCGCGAGUUUGCUGCCGGCAGGCACCUCCAGAAGCUGGAAAAGGCGCCCACUCCCACCAACGAGUGA